CCUUCUGCUCAUCAGCCUGACCUCCUGUGUCUGUGGAACAUUUGUAUUGAACGUGACAGAGACCUCCUACCAGGCAGAGGAGAACCACAACAUCACACUGGAAUGGAUGUUUACAACCAAAACUGACAGUUCCUCCACCGUACUUAUAAUUAUUUGUCAACUGUUAACUGAUGUUAAACCCUUGGUCCUGUAUCAUCUAUAUGAGGGUGUUGAGGACUCAGAGUUUCAGGAUGGACAGUUUGCAGGACGAGUUCAGUGUGACAAAGACGCCCUCAGAGAAGGACGAAUCAGACUUCAUGUGUCCAGACUCAGGAUUGAUGACUCGGGUCUGUACGUUUGUAAAGUGAAAACAGAUUCUGGUUGGAACAGAGGAAAAGGCCGGCUCAAUGUCACUGCAGCGAGGGAUUGGCCUGAACCUGAGAGACCAAACACAGCGAGUCGGGAAAGGAUCGGCCUCUACUGUGUACUGGGACUGACAGCAGCAGCUAUAUCUGUACUGGCUGUUUAGUCAUUCACUCUCUGCCUGUUAAACAAGAUUUAUACUCGGUCCAGUGGUGGAUUUCAGAAAACUGACAGUUUAGCAGAUGGAUCACAGGAAACAGUUUGAUUCAAUUUUAUACCAAAGACACAGAACAUACUAGUUUCCCAUUGGCUGUCAGGUAACCAUAGCAACAACAUCGAUGCUUCAUGCACUUAAAUUACAAACUGUAAAAACUAAUAAUGGAAAAAACACAUCCUGCCUUUAUUUUAUGCUUUCUGUGAGUGUUGGGACAUGCUGGACACUUACACAUUGAUUAUGUAUGUAUAAAGAGGAUGAACA